GCGCCGACGACGCGGAACGCGCCUCCCUCCCUUCUUUCUCUGGCGGACUAGAUUGAGGCACCAUGUCGAAGGCUCUCCAAGCACGGUCUCAGAUGAUUCGCCUAGUGGUAGGGGCCGGGAAGGCGGCUCCGACUCCGCCAGUUGGUCCCGCGCUCGGUGCCAAGGGUGUCAAGUCCAUGGAUUUUUGCAAAGAGUUCAACGCACGGACAGCGCACUUCGAGGUUGGCGUCCCCGUCCCCACGGUCGUGAACGUCAAUCCGGACCGCACAUUCACCUUCACCACGAACACCCCCCACGUCUCUUACUUCAUCAAGAAGACGACAGGCAUUGACAAGGGUACCGGGCGCCCAGGGCACGAUAUACUAGCGACAAUGUCCUUGAAGCAUGUGUACGAGAUAGCCAAGAUCAAGGCCACUGACGAGCACAUGCGCCACCUGAGCCUCGAGUCCAUCGCGAGGAUGGUCGUCGGCUCUGCGCGCAGCUGUGGGGUCCAAGUAGUUCCUUGAUCUAGCUCUGCCUCUUCAUCUCGGGUACCACGUCCGUGAGCCAGUCCGAUAGCCACAGUAGCUCGCGCCUGCGGCCCGAGUGCAUCCUCUCGCGAACCAUGGCGCUUGUGGGAAUCUAGACGGCGGCGUCGGCUACGCGUAGCCCUAACGUUACGACGUUUGGUAUGCACAUCCUGGUAAAGUCCCUUGCGCGGCACGAAUUAGAGUUUACCCUCCUUUGACAAUCAAAUGUGCCACGUUCCUCCCCUCCUCCUAAAGGUACCGACCGAGCGUUCCGCGCCUCCUGGGUCGACUUCGCCUUUACCGUCACAAAAGGCUCGAUGAGCUGCCUUCCUCGACGUCUCGCUUUUGACUAUUGCGCAUCAUCCCUCGCCGCCUUCCUCCCUCCAGGGUUCCCAACUUCCCCUCC